UUAUUUUCUCGGAAUCUCCCUUAGCAUUCCAAUCAUACUCAACACUAACCACCGAUGACAUGUUACUGGAAGUUGACCAAACCUCUAAAGUGAAUUGUUACUAUUUACUAUCCUAUGGCCUAUCGCUCACAAUUGUUGCCAUUUCGUUGGUCAUUAAUCCCAAUACUUAUACACAAAAUGAUUUUUGUGUGCUAAUGGAGGCAAAUACGCUUUUCUAUUCGAGCUUUGUGGCGCCUGUUUUGCUAUUUUUACUGGGCGCCAUCGGCUACACGUUCCUGUCGUGGGUGAUUAUGUGCCGCAAGAGUCAUACAACACUGAAAAAUAAGGAACACACGCGGCUUGCCAAUGUGCGUUUCGACAUUCGUUGCUCAUUUAUAUUUCUGCUGUUACUGAGCGCCGUUUGGAUUUCCGCCUACUAUUAUUUGCGUCUCUCCAAAACGGAAGAUGAAUUGGCCGUUGUAUGCGGCUAUCUUUUCAUUAGUUUUAAUACUCUAAUGGGAUUGUAUAUUUUCGUGUUUCAUUGCAUACAAAAUGAAAAAAUCCGUCGCGAAUAUCGUAAAUAUGUACGCCAAAACUCUUGGCUGCCUAAGUGUUUGCGCUGCUCGAAAGCCUCCAUCUCCUCGGGCAUAGUGGGCAAUAAUGGCAUUGGCAGUGCUGGUGGUGUCGGCACGGGCAAUGGCAGUGGUGGUACUGGUGGCACUCUUUCCGGCACGCAUCGCGGCACUUCAAGCACAGCACAAUUGAAGAAGUCGAAAUUGCCAAUAAGCAGUGAUGGCUUAGUGUCGGAUGAGACCGGCAAUAUUAUAUCGGCCGCUGAGGAUGCUAUUAUUGCUUCUUCAGAUUGUGAGCUGAAUGACUCGCGUACUUUGACUUCAGUCGGCGGGGAUGGCGAUGCGGAUGCAGUGAAAUGCGUUGGCCCGAAUAUGUCGUCGUUGCAGCAUGGCAAGGGCGGUCACUCUAUAAUUGACGCUAUGCAAGGCCAUAUUGUGCUGGAGCGCGGUGGUGGAGGUGGAAAUACACUGCAUUCAGUGGGCGGCAGUGGCGGUCUGCGCACACCUAGUGCCGGUCACACUUCACCUACCUCGUCGGCUGGCUCAACGCACCUCAUUUUUGGCGGGCAGAAGCAGCAGAUGAUUAGCGCGGGUAUCACAUCAGCUGGCGGCGGGCCACAGGAGGCGUACUACCAUCAACCUGACUACUACGGCUGGAAGCAGCCGAUGGGAAAGGCGAGCGGUGGUAAUAAUGCUUUGAGUUUGGCGCAUCCACGCGACUACCCGGGUAAUGCCGUUUCCCCGCAGCAGGCCCAUGAGUUCUUUUAUUGGACGCAAAAACAUCAGCCGCAUGGCAAGAAGAAGCGCGGUAGUGGAAUUGGUGGCGAUUCGCUGAGCGGCUCGUUGCAUAGCCGCACCACAGCGGCCUCACAAAUUCUCUUCUAUCCCUCGUACAAGAAGACUACGUUGAAGCAGCAACAACAGCAGCAUCAGCAACAGUAUCCUCAUUACGACGAAGCGGUUGGUGCAGCUGCCUACUACCAACAGCAACAACAACAUCAGCAGCAACAACAACAACAUCGUCGCCAUGCAUCUGCAGCCAUGAUGUUGGCGGCACAUCAUCAACAGCAGCAACAGCUAUCCUCAGACGAGGAACAAUUAGAGCCGGCAGCAGCAGCGCAUGCGCAUUUGCUGCACUUAGGUCGACGCGCCGGUUCACAAUUGCCACCACCGCCUGCGCCCGCACCACACGCUUUCCACUAUCCCCAUCACCACUCGCCAGAGUUUAUGGGCGCAGCGCACACGCCGACACAGCGUUACUAUAGAAAUAAGCAUUCCAACUGUGAUCUGAGCCAUGAGGAGUAUGACCCGAGCGGACGCGCGGGUAGCGAACAGUACUACAAUCAAAACUCCAUUGGCGGUGGCGAUGGCCCAGUAUAUGAGGAAAUCCUCAGUAAUCGCAAUUCCGAUGUCCAACACUACGAUAUGGAUUUGAAUAUGUAUGGUCAUCACGAUGAUGACGACGACGAUGACGAUGAAGUGAAUUGUUGCGAUAGUGAGAGUGGUAGUGCCAUGCGCCGUCAACAGAGGCAGCAACAGCUACGUCAGCGUCAUCACUAUGAGGCGGCGCGAAAUGGUGUUUUGGGUGGCGCCGGUAGCAGUGGCAAUGGAGGUGGCAGUCGAUAUGGCCAUGCAGAGAGUGGUGCGUCCAGCGACGAGGACGACGACGACGACAAUGAAGACGAUGGAGAGGACGAAAGCGCGCAACGGCGUGGGUUGCCGCAGGGCGACGAACGCAUGCGGCGACUGAUUGCGAUGCAGGAUGAAGAGUUUCAGCGGCGGUUUCAAAGGCAGCGCAAAAAAGCCGAGAACACAGUGAGCGAAAAGGCAGCAGCGGUAGCAGCUUACUUUGAUCACCACAAUGCAGCAUCGUCAGCCGCGUCAGGCGGUAAUGGUGGUGGCAUAGGCGCGACGGUUUUUGGCAUUAGCGGCGGUGGCAGUGGCGGCGCGGGAUCAAUACGCGCCUUAAAAAAGAUCUCACCGAGUAAUCGAAUAGGCGUACACGAACUAUUCACGACGACUCAUGGAGGCGGUGGUGGUGGUGGACCACCUUUACCGCCGGCCAAUCAGCAACAACAACAGUAUCCCCUGCCAAAGAGGCAACAAUUGUCGCCAACAACACUAAAGGCGACAACAGCAACAACACCGUCAUCGUCGCACACUCAGCCGAUUAUUGGCCGGAAUAUUUCUGCAAUGCUUGAUGAGAAUAAUACAGUGCGCUGUUAUCUGGAACCGUUGCCCAAGUGAGGAGCGAAACAGCAGCGGACCUCGGAGGUCGGGUAGUGUAAUUAAAAAAAAUUAAUUAGCGUAGCUGCAGAGCGGUCAGGCGUCGAGGCAAGCCGGCGCUGAUUUAAAGCAAAGCCGAUUUAAAGACAGACAUACGCGUAAGACACUAGUGUUUGGCUUUUUAGCUGUUAGUUUAAAUCUCGCUUUGAAGGCAUUACUAAUUUUUUUUUGUAUGGAUGUGAGUGUAUGAAUGUUAUACGUGUAAAGCGCAAAAGGUAAUAGAGAUAUUUAUUAACGUAUAACAAAUUUAGUAUGUAAAGAAUGAAUACAACAUACCGAUAUGCACGUAUGCAUGUAAAUGUUUAAUGAUAAACUAUAGAACUCCUGCUGUUGCACACCAUACAUGAUGCCCAGCUAAGCUGAGCCAAAAAGAAGAUAGCGGCAAAGCGUAAUUUCCUCGCCGCCAGACAUUUUGUUGUAACUCUUAAAGCUUUAAGCAACUAUUUAGUAGCGUGUUUAUUUUUAUUUUGUUUCAAGUCUUGUUUGCUGUGCCGCCGGAAAUGUAUACAUAACUACAUAAAAGCUAGUGGAGAUUACAGUUUUUUUAUAAUGGAUUUUAUUUUUUGUUGGGUUUUAGAUCGGAAUCAUACAUUACUGAAAAUUUUUUACUUCAUUUUGCAGUAGUUUUUACUUAUGGAUAAUUUUUCUAAAAGAAAGUAUUUACUCUGGUUUUGGACGCUUUGAAAAAAACUAUUUAUUAUAAUUUUUUUUUUUUUUUAAUUUUCGUUGAAACUCACUUUACGCUUUAGUUUGGAAGUAUACUUUGUAAAUGCAUUUUUUACAUUUUUUGGUAUUAUUAUAAUUAAUAUCCAAAUUCUAAAGAAAUUUUUUCUAUUCAUAAAGCAUUGUCGUUGACAAAAAAUUAAUAAAAAAAAAAUUUAGCCGGUAAUUUAGUAUAAAGCAAAUUUUAAAUUACGCUACGAACUAAUUUAUAAACAUCGAUGCAAAUGUUUAAAUUCAGUUCAAUUAAAAUGAAUGGUCUAACAUUUUUUGUUUGUUCUGAUAUACACACAUUUACAUAGUUCUAAACAUUCAAGGUUUUUUUCUACAAUUUGUAUUUAUAAUUAUUAUGCUGAUGCAAUUUUGAUUUAUAGGGAAAAAACCAAAGCUUCAACUUCUUUUAUUUUUUCUAUUACUCUAAAGUUUCUGUACAAAUACAUUUGCCUCCGUUUUAUGUCGCCCUAUUUUUUUACCUAACGGAUACUAUUUACAUUUUUCGAUUCGAUAAUUUUGAUGCACUUGUUGUUGAAGCAUAAAACAUUCAUUAAAAAGGUUCGAAGGAAUAAUAUUGAAAUUUGACAAAAAAAUAAUAAUUAUGCGUAGUGGUAAACUCUGCUGGUACAAAAAUAUUAUAUUUCGAUGCAUUUCAGUUUCGAUUCGUUUGUACCACAAAAAGCUAUAUUUACUUCACAAAAAUUCAAACUUUUACCCACACCGAAUUGGUAUCAAGCAGGUACUUGGCAUAAAAGUUUUAUUUUUCUUUACUUUAGGACAACUUACAACUUUGGCAACUUUCUGGCAUAUUUUUGGCUGCUAUUUUCUACAUAUUUUACUUUUUGAAUUUUUUAAAUUGUUUUUAUUUAAAUUUUGAUAAAGUUACGUCUGAAACGAAGUUCUUAGUUUUUUUCCAAAAUUUUUUACUGCCUCCAACGUUUUCUGCAGCCGAGUUCUAGUCUCAAUAAUUCGUAUGAGGUUAUAUUAUGCUGAACCUUCGGGUUUAACUUUCUAAGCACUAUUUAUCGAACUGGUUUAAAAUAUCGUUUCCAAUUUUGAUUAUUUUCAGUUUAUACUGUACAAUUUCAAAGCUCUUGCCCUAACUAAAUAAAGCUGGCAUGUGGUCGAACAAACUUUAAUACAUUUUUUUUUACUCGAAUAUUUGGAGUUACUGCUGUAAAUCUUGUAAAACACGUUCAAUGCUUGUUUUUCAAUCAAAACUAGCCGAAAUUGAAACUGGUCCAAAUGUUAUUAACAUUUUCAUCGUUUGAAUACUUGUUUUUUCCAUUCAAACUGGUUGAAAUGGAAACUGGUUCUAACCUUGUAUAUCACUUUCGUUAUUUGAAUACUUGUUUUCUAUCGAAAUCGUUCAAAAUUUAAGCUGGUCUCCCUUCUAAUCCCAUAAGCCUUUAGUUUGACGGACAUCAAAAAAGGAGAAGGUUAUCGAUUCGUCGGAAUAUUUUUCAACCGACUUAAAAAAAAAGGGAGAAGGUUAUCGAUUCGUCGAAUUUUUUUUUUUUUACCACGUUAACCGAUUUCGAUGACUUUCUAUCCGAAAGGUGUUGACUCAAGGGUGGUCCCAUACUAAUUUAGUUUAGAUCCGAUCAUUUGGUCAUGAAGAAAGUAACGGUACUAUUAAAUUUUUAUAAGAGGAUUGAAGUCGGGUUUGUAAAAAUUACUUGUUUAACUGAAAUUGAUUUUUUUAGGUUUCCCGAAUUUGUGUUCUUGUAUUUUUUAUCAACCAAACUUUCCAAAGCAUUUCUAAUUAAGUGUAAAACAUUUUGUUUCUUUUCCAUUUCGAUUUCCUAUUUCCUUUUGUAAAAAAGAAUACAUGCAUCUUUAAUUAUAAGUUAACUGCGUAAAGUGCAUAAGAAAUCGCUUCAAUCGUACAUAACUGUAAAUAAACGUAACUGUAAUAGGUGUACUCUUUUGAAAUACCAGUAAUCGCUUAAACUCCCUAAACUAAACGUUUCUAAAAAAAAGGCAGCCAGCCCUCCAACACUAGAGAAAUAUCCACUAUAGACCUUCUUUUCGUGCUCGUCUUCAAACUAACACGUAAAACUAAAACACUAUCGAAUACCUCCACUCGUAUCCUGUCGAACUAAAAACUAAAAAUUAAACAAAAAAAAGUUGUACAUUAGUGUAGCUACACAGACCUAUGAUAGUGAAGGAAAAUAAAUGUUCAAAUAUUGCAUGUGUAUAUGUACAUAGUUGUAUUGCCAAAUUGCGGGCGGAGUGUGGUUCAUUGAACUUAAGCGCUGGCUGUGAAAGUCUGCCAUAUAUACACGUAAAAAAAUUUAUUCUCAGCAGUCGUCACUUUUUCACAGCCUCACUGAAGUUGAUUUAACCGCUCUCGCAAGGCAAUUUGGAAGACGUAUCAACAUUCCUUACAAAAGCGCACCAUUUACGAAAAUCUUUCAAGUUAGAAAAAAAAAUUUUUUUUUUAGUGUUUUAAAAGAAUAAAGCCAAAAACUGCAAAGAAAACGGCAGGAUUUUGAAACGUUUAAUAGUGUUUAAUAGUAGUUGAAGAAAGAAGUCGAUAAACUUGAAGCAGUCAGCUGUAAAUGUAAACCACUCGUGUACUUUCUCUGUAUGUUGUUGUACUAUUUAAAAACGGCGCACACCCAAAAAAUGAAGUAAAUAAAAAUAAAAAUAAAUGGAAAAUUAGCUUAACAAUUUAAGUAAUAAAAGAAAACUGUAUUUAGUAAAAAAAGUAGCAUGAGCGAAAUUGCAUAGUUACCUAUGUAUGUAUGUGUGAAUUUUGGCGGAGAGCGCACGGUAGUAUAUUCAAAAUUAUAAAAUAGCAUAUAAAAAUGUAUAAAAAUUUGCGCUUGCCCAGACACACAGAGGAUUGUGUAAUUUGUAUACAUUUAGCAAAAAAAAAGAGGAUUAAAAAAAUAAAGAAUGAUUAUAUAAAUAUUGUACUAAGAUGUAGUAAUAAUAUAGGCAUUUAUUACCUUAUAAGUCUAAAU